AUGUCUUCUCCCCGCGCCUCUUCUCCUCUCGCUUCAGGCACCGAGUCUGGUCCUGACACCAAGUCGCCUGGCUCUGGCGCUGCUGCUGCCUCCGGAUCGGCUGGCAACCGCCCUUCAUCGCCCACUCCCCCCGGCGGUCCUCGCACAGCCCUUCGUCGUCGUGCGGCCGCAGACCACAAGGAAUCAUUGCGCAAUGCGCGACCGACGUCGACUCGCUCUGCCGGUGCCGGUGGCUCGUCGGGCACUAUGCUCAAGCUCUACACUGACGAGAGCCCCGGUCUCCGAGUAGACCCUGUGGUCGUUUUGGUUUUGAGCUUGGGUUUCAUCUUCUCGGUUGUUGGUCUGCACGUCAUUGCCAAGGUCACGCGCAAGUUCUCUGCAUAG